GUCACAUAUGCAUCAGACUCUCCGGUCCCUCUCAUCCUCACGUUUCAAAGCACUGAUGCACAAGCUCUCGAUCUGCUUGCUUCAAAACCUUCCGUCGAACUGAUUCGCAUUGUUGCGAUUGGUUCUGGAGCUUCUGACGAGGCUGUUCCUCGUAGAAGCAAUAAUACAUUCUACAGCACCAUCGCUCGUGCGGCUUUCUUUCCCUCUGAGGACAUUGGGAAAACAGGCAAAAUAACACUCCAAGGCGAGUUGCACGUUCCGAAAGGCAUCAAGUCUAGCUUCACGUUCCCUCGUUUGUCACUCAAAUACAUUAUCGCGCUGCUUCCGCCUCGUGUUGCAGGAUUUGUGCCGUCUAUAGAUGCCAACGACCAUCUCAUUUCUGAACGCGUCACUAUUACUCUCGCCAGUGCGCCAGGCAUUCGCAUGCGCUCGAUAUCUGGAGAACGGCAACCAGAGAUUUCUGCACCACUCAAGGUAAUGACGCGUUGCACGUGACUUUCUCAGCAUGUGCUACAUUGGCCCUCGAGAGCGAAUGCUGCAUUGUAUCCUCUAUUUUUACCACUGUAUCGACUACUCCAUAAGAUCCGAAUUGGAUCAGUCGCGAAUCCCUAGCUUCUGCCCCUCGUUGGGUUACUUAUCUUGCGACUUACUUUGUGUUAUUCCUGCCUGUAUGCUGCGUUACAUAGAUCUUGGACUGCUGUACCGCAUUUGUCGCAGUUUGGUUGGGCGUCUAUGA